UGGUUAAGUUAUCAGUUAGACGUUGUUGUGGAUUUUGCUGUCUAGUUUUAGUGUUUUGUUGUUUAAUGGUCUUGACCCUACCUGGUUUUUGUCCAGAAAAUCCUAAAAAUGGAUUCUGGUAUGAGGAGAAAGAGAAGGGUAGAUGUAUUUUGAGAUGUGAAAAGGGAUACGAACCAUCAAACUGUCACGUUCUCCGGUUGGUGAAAGGGAAAUGGAACCAUGAAAUUCCUCACUGUAAAAAUGCUACCUGGAUUUCGGCGAAAUCAAUUCUAACGGCAGAAGUCGGGUCGGCAGCUGCUGUGGUAGGCGUACCUGCAGCGUUGACAGCGGCAGGAUUUACCUCCGCGGGAGUCGCAGCCGGAUCAUUGGCUGCCUGGCUUCAGACUCCAUUCACAGCCGCCGGAAGCUGGUUCGCUGCAUCACAGAGUGCAGGUGUACUGGGCGCUGCUGCCUCCACUAAGCUAGGAGUGGGGACCUUAACAGGACUGGCUACACGCUUCCUUUCUUCAAAAUUCUCAAACUGUGAAAAGGAGUAAUAUCUGAUUAAAACCGCUGUUAACUUGCUAAACAUCUGAUUUUUUAUGGA